GGCGUGCAUCGCGCCGAAUGUUCUAGUAUGAAAUAUGAAGUAGCUCGUCUAGCUCCGUCCAACGCCGAGCAAACACCCCAUGUUGUCUCGCCGUAACCUAACCGGCCGGUCUCGUCGAUCCAGCCAUCAGCGCCUCCAUCCCCUCUCCUGGCCCUCUCCUAUCCGUCCGGUCCGGCCCCAACCUAGCUAGCUAGAAGCUAACCCUGCCAGAUCCGCAUCACUCCUCUCUGCUGCUGCUGCUGCUGCUAUAGGUAGCUGCUGUGUUCGGUCAGAGUCGUCAGUGCCCAGCUGCGAGGACAACAAAGCAGGACUAGUUCAGUAGUACCUGCUUCAUCAUCAUCUCCCCGUGUGCAAUAGAAGGUCGUCGCUGUACAUGGUUACACUUAAUUUCCCUAUCAAGAAACCAUUUUGAUUCCUAAUUUGCGCUAGUGUACAUGCUCAUGUGUCAUUUGUGUGUCCAUCUGGCCCAUUUAUUUUUCUCAUGAUGCAGAUCAUAGUAGCGGAGAGCUGCAAGCUCCGACGUCCAAUCAAGAGGAAGAGGAAGAGGAAGAGGAAGAAGAAGAAGAAGAGGAAGAAGAAGAAGAAGAAGAAGCGAGAUGUGGGAGUCGGAGAGCGAGAGCCACGCCGGCGAGCGGGGGCUCGUCCCCGUCGGAGGCUCAUCUGGCCGGCACGAGGGGCUCAAGAACGACGGCUUUGUUCGCCGAGACCACUCCUGGUACGUCAACAGUGAUAUUCCCAGCGAUUUGCUUGUCAAAGUGGGGGAUGUCAGCUUCCAUCUUCACAAGUACCCGAUGAUCUCCCGGAGCGGCCGGAUGAACCGCGUCAUCUGCGAGACGGCUUCCGUGGCGGCGGCGGCGGACCCGGACACGGCGGCGGCCGUGGGCCUCGACGACGUCCCCGGCGGCGCGGACUCGUUCGAGCUGGCGGCGCGCUUCUGCUACGGGAUGGCCGUGGACCUGACGGCGGCCAACAUCUCGGGGCUCCGCUGCGCCGCCGAGUACCUGGAGAUGACGGAGGACCUGGAGGAAGGGAACCUCAUCUUCAAGACGGAGGCGUUCCUCAGCUACGUGGUGCUGUCGUCGUGGCGGGACUCCAUCGUGGUGCUCAAGAGCUGCGAGGGCCUCUCGCCCUGGGCCGAGAACCUCCAGAUCGUGCGCCGCUGCAGCGAGUCCAUCGCCUGGAAGGCCUGCGCCAACCCGAGGGGCGUGCGCUGGGCCUACACCGGCGCCGGCGCCACCACCGGUGGCAGGCCGCCCCGGGCUACUGGCACUGCCGGCGCCGGCGGCACGGCGAGCCCGCGGUGGAACCUCGGCGGCGGCGGCGGGGACUCCAAGGAGUCGAGCCCCGGCCGGCAGGCCGUGCCGCCGGCGGACUGGUGGUUCGAGGACGUGUCCGUGCUCCGGAUCGAUCACUUCGUGCGCGUCGUCACCGCCAUCAAGGUCAAAGGCAUGCGGUUCGAUCUCAUCGGCGCGGCGAUCACGCACUACGCGUCCAAAUGGCUCCCGGGCCUGACAAAGGACGGCCCGCUCGGCGGCGCCCUCGACGAGCCCUGGGCGCAGGCGUCCCCCGGCGGCGCCGGCCUCCACAUGAUCAUCGCCGGCGGCGGCGGCAGGGAUGACGUCGCGGCGAGCGCGCCGGCGCGGGAGCAGCGCAUGGUGGUGGAGAGCCUGAUCAGCAUCAUCCCGCCGCAGCGCGACAGCGUCUCCUGCGGCUUCCUCCUCCGCCUGCUCCGCCUCGCCAUCAUGCUCAAGGCGGCGCCGGCGCUGGUGACGGAGCUGGAGAAGCGCGUGGGCAUGCAGCUCGAGCAGGCCGCGCUGGCCGACCUCCUCGUCCCGUCCUACGGCCGCGCCGACACCGCCUACGACGUCGACCUCGGGCAGCGGCUCGUCGAGCACUUCCUGGUGCAGGAGCAGACGGCGGAGCUGGCGUCGUCCAGCCCCGGCCGCGGGGAGCCGGCGGCGGCGGCGCCCGAGUACUACGGCGCGAGGACGGCCGCGGCGGCGGGGCUGAACGCCAAGGCGCGCGUCGCCAGGCUGCUGGACAGCUACCUCUCCGAGGUCUCCCGCGACCGCAACCUGUCCCUGACCAAGUUCCAGGUGCUGGCCGAGUCGCUCCCGGAGUCGGCGCGCACAUGCGACGACGGCCUCUACCGCGCCGUCGACUCCUACCUCAAGGCGCACCCGACGCUGACGGAGCACGAGCGGAAGCGGCUGUGCCGGGUGAUGGACUGCCAGAAGCUGUCGUUCGACGCGUGCAUGCACGCGGCGCAGAACGAGCGGCUGCCGCUGCGGGUGGUGGUGCAGGUGCUCUUCUCGGAGCAGGUGAAGAUCAGCAACGCGCUCGCCGGCUCGUCCGGCUCCGGCGGCGGCGCCGCCGCGCUGGGCAAGGCGCCGGACGCGGCGCCGCCGACGCGGCGGCAGCUGCUGGACGGGACGCCGCAGUCGUUCCAGGACGGGUGGGCGGCGGCGAAGAAGGACAUCAACACGCUCAAGUUCGAGCUGGAGAGCGUCAAGGCCAAGUACCUGGAGCUGCAGCACGAGAUGGACGCGCUCCAGAAGCAGGUGGAGCGCGGCGGCGCGCCGUCGCCCGCGGCGGGGGCGGGGGCCAAGGCCGGCGGCACCGGCAAGAGCCAGGGGCCCUCGGCGUGGAGCAGCGGGUGGAGGAAGCUGGGCAGGCUGGCCAAGAUGACGGGCGCCGAUGCGGCGGGGCCCGACGGGCACGUGGCGGGGGCGCCCGGCGAGGCGCCGAGGAAGCCGCGGCGGUGGAGGAACUCCAUCUCGUGAACGCAGCAGAGCAGCUUCGUAGCGAGAGCAGAGUAGACAGACGGCGGCCUAGUAACUUGUAGCGGCAUCGAUUUGAUGAGGCGUGUAAUAAAUCAGGGAGACGAUCUUGUGGGGUUUCCAUGGAGUCUCGAGAUUGUGCCCAUCUUGUGCUGUGCAGACUGUCACUGUUCUAGGAGACGAUCAUCUGUUCCCGGUGUGCUGCAAUUUACCCAUCUGUUCCCCC